UAUGUACAGGCUAAUGCAACAUUGGGGAUGGUUGUGCAUGAUGACUGCAAGCUAAAGUUUCUAGAGUUGAAGACUAAAAAGACUUACCGUUUCAUUGUAUUUAAGAUUGAGAAGAAGCAAAAGCAGGUAGUGGUAGAAAAAGUUGGGGAGCCAACUCCAAACUACGAGGAUUUUGCUGCAAGUCUUCCUAGUGAUGAGUGUCAAUAUGCUGUUUUUUAUUUUGACUUUGUCACUGCAAAAGACUACCAAAAAAGCAGGAUUUUCUUCAUUGCAUGGUCCCCUAAUACAUCAAGGGUGAGGAGCAAGAUGAUCUAUGCAAGCUCUAAGGACAGGUUCAAGAGAGAACUGGAUGGUAUUCAAAUAGAGCUACAGGCCACCAAUCCAACUAAGAUGGGUCUUGAUGUUUUUCAAAGUCGUGCCAAUUAA